UCCUAGGCACUGUGAGUGAGAAUGGCACCGCUGGCAUCUCUCUCGACCUUGGUGGCACUGGCCCUCCUUGUGGGAAGCAGCGUUGCCAAGCAGCCCAAUAUUCUGUAUAUCCUCUCUGAUGAUGUUGGCUGGAACGAGGUGUCGUGGCACAACCCGGACAUGAUCACGCCCAACCUGCAAGAACUGGCCGACACGGGCGUAGUUCUGGAACACCAUUACACCAACUCGCUGUGCACGCCCUCUCGCUCCGCCCUCAUGACGGGGUAUUACGCCCACAAGCUGGGGAGGCAGGUAAGGUUACUGUUUGUUUGUUUCUUUGUUGUUGGCGAUUUAUUUAUCUGGCUGAAGGACCUCGGCUACAACACACAUAUCGUUGGGAAAGAUGCACUCGUCUGCAACGGGCCUUACACACCGACUUAUAGAGGUUCGAAGACCUUUUCGAAAAAAAAAAGGUCAACAGAUAAGACCUUGCUUCACACUAUCUCCCGAUCUCUCCUUAUCUGUUAUCUGCCUCCAGGUGGUUUUGACAUGAGGGACGGCGAGCGCGUGGCCUGGGAAGCCAACGGGACCUACAGCAUGUAUCUGUUCGCUGACAAGGCUAUAGAGGUGAUCGAAUCCUAUAACGGCAGAGAGGAUCCUUUCUUCCUAUACCUUGCGACGCAGAAUGUUCACGUGCCACUGGAGGCGAGUUUUCGAAAUCUAAAUAUCACGGACAUGUACCCCGACGAGACAGACGAGAACAGACGGAGGCUAAUAGCGAUGGUGACGGCCAUGGAUGAGGGUGUUGGCAGAGUCAUUCAGGCUUUGAAGGACAACGGACUCUAUGAUGAUACUAUUAUAGUUUGGACAACGGACAAUGGUGGCAGAGAGUAUAAAGACAACAACAAACCCCUCCGCGGCUACAAGGGGUCGCUGUUUGAGGGGGCCACCCGCGUGCCCGCCGUCAUCCGAACGCCCCUUCUGGAGUCCACGCCGCGGGUGUACGACGGCCUCAUGCACAUCGUCGACUGGCAGGACACCCUCCUCGCGGCCAUAGGAGCCUCGGAGGUCGCUGGGGACGACGGGGUCAACCAGUGGGAGGCCCUGAGGUCGCCUGCUGCUUCCUCCCCCUCGUUCGAAUCUCCGAGGACGGAGUUUUUCUACAAUAUGGAUUUCGUGCCCGGCGUCGGCAUCGAUGGCGGGAUCAGGGUUGGCAAAUAUAAGUACAUGAGAGGUCUUAUGUUGUAUACAAACGAGACGGGGCCGUGGCUUUUCAAUCUGGAAGAUGAUCCGAACGAGACGACGAACCUCCUGGAGUUCGAACCCGACAUCGCCCAGGAGCUUCAGGCGAGACUCGAAGCCGAGUUAGAGAACGUGGUGCAGGCGGACAGCAUCCUGCCUUCCUUUAACUCGAAUCCUGCAAACUGGGGCGGUGCUUGGAGUCCUGGAUGGUGUAAUGCUUCAUGAACUUAGUAAAUGAUUAAAAAAAAAGAAGAAGAGGAAAAGGAGGAAAGAAUAAGGAGUAAUGACCUUAGAAAUCAAAUUUUAAAAAAGCGAAGAAGAAGAGAAAAUAAUAGUCAUUUGUUAUUGUGUUCGUAAGCAAUAUUUAUGAGGAUAUCAUUUGUUUGACAGUAGGGAGAGAUGAGAAUAAAGUUACCAGUGCAGAGAAAGCUCAAACACGUUACCAGUUAAAAAAAGAAAUUGCAUGAUAACAAGGGUUGCAUCAUCCACGGCAUUCGUCAACUUCCCUGCCGUCUCCUAGAUGGCGUUGGCAGACGUAUCAACGGGCCAUUCAUAGUGUUUGUCUGUUCUUUACACUCUUGUGGCGAGGAUUAUGCAACCGAGUUUAUCAGCACUUAAUAAGUCAGUAAUUCGAAUGGAAGAUUAAUGUUUCUUAUUUUCUAAGUAAUAAAGGAGAUAAGAUGAAA